AUGGCUUCUACCCCUGAACAAACCCCAGCAAGCCCAACAUCAGAAUCACGUGUCUCCGUGGAGCAGGAUGUCCAACAAGAAGCCAGCGAUGGCGAACCCGACGUGCCAGUCUCCAAGAAGCCACGCAAACGCACAAGCCGCCUUCUCUCCGGUCUCAACCCCAGCAACAUUCUCGCCUCGCCGCAGAGUCAGGCGGUGGUUGACGAUGAGGACGAUGAUGCCUCCACCUCAAGGACGCAGAGUGAACGGAGAGGCAAAGAGCGGCCGCAGAGGGAGGCGAGACUCUCGAAUACGCGUGAUCAGUAUGAUAUGAAAUACCACCCACUCGACGAGCAAAUCCGUCCAGCCUACGCUGCCAAACGCCGCAGCCUCACCGCGCAGUCUCCUUCGGUCGCCUCCUCCAGCACCGCAGAUGACGACGCAGCCGCCAGCGACACCGAAAGCCUUCCAUCGUCCGCCCGCGUCUCGGAUACUGAAGCUUCCUUCCACGCCCGCCUUCCCUCCAGCGAACUAGACCUCGAAAUCAUAGCACCAACUCAAAGACACCCUGAUCCCAAAGCGACGCGGCGCUCAUCUCGCGAGGAAGCGCGCAAACAUCACGAUUACAGCGCUAAACAUCAUCCGCAAGACUACGGCAUCCCGGGACAUCAGCACAAGGCCCGAAAAGCGGAUCGCGUUGCUUUUGCAUCGACACAGGCUGCUACGCAGACUGGACGGAAGCGGAAGCGAGACAGCUAUGAGAUGUCAGGGGCGUUGCAAACUGAGGAGGAGGAGUCUCAGCCCCCGCUGAAGAGGGGGAGCAAGAAACCGGGACGUGGCAAGGGUAAGGCUGCGGUGCUGUCAUCGGGCGAGGUUGAUGAUCUUGUUGAGAGCACGCUUCGCAAUAUUGGAGAGCUGGGAGGGGCGGCUGGGACGCCGAUUGUCAUCAGUGAUGGUGUUCAAGCAAGCGACGAGGAAGAUGAAGGACAGAAUGUGAAUGAUGACCAGUUUGAUGAUCAAGAACAAGCUGCUGCAGCAGAAGAAGAGGAGGAAGACGAAGAAGAAGAACUAGACGAGGAAGCGGCGGCCUUCAACACCGACUUCGAUCUCACACAGGUUGAAGACGCGCUGUCGACUGCUGCAGCUGCAAUUGCACAGCUUGGCCAUGGUCCCGAUGUCUCAGUUGAAGAUGAUCCGCAUGAUUUGUCCCCGAAUGACAAUGACGACGUUGAAGACCACACUGCUGGAAUGCCAGAAACACAGAACACGACUGCAUCCUCGCGGACCAUGGUGCCCGAUUCGGAAGAAGAGUCUGUCGAUCUGGAUGAAGAAGAAGCGCCGCCGUCGGAAUUCGCUGAUCAGCUUGCUGUCACAGAAACGCGAGACACAGGGUCUGAUGACGCCCACGCAUCCGAUACCGCAACAGAGGAGGCGCCGUCUGACGCGCACUGGGAUCCAACGCCACCCGGUUCCCAUCCUUCGCAGCAAGCUCCGCACGUUGAUCAGGUCGAUUCGCCUCUGGAGCAGAACAAUCCUCAGUACCCGUCGCCUGCCACGAGUCUCGAUGUCCCGGCUGGUUCUCAUGGUUUCAUCGAUACAGUGAUGGGGUUAUUUGGGGCUAGCACCGGCUUCCAGGCGGUGAAUGCUCCGCACUGA